AUGACUGUUGCCACAGGCGACCCCUCUGACGAAGCGGCUGCACACCCGGGGAACCCGCAGGACUAUGACCCUGAGGCCGACCAUGAGUGUUGUGAGAGGGUGGUCAUCAACAUCUCAGGGCUGCGCUUUGAGACUCAACUCAAAACCCUCUCACAGUUCCCAGAAACUCUUCUGGGGGACCCCAAAAAGAGGAUGCGGUACUUUGACCCACUGAGGAACGAGUACUUUUUCGACAGGAACAGACCCAGCUUUGACGCCAUAUUGUAUUAUUACCAAUCAGGGGGCCGGCUAAGAAGGCCGGUCAAUGUCACCCUUGAUAUUUUCUCAGAGGAGAUUCGCUUCUAUGAGCUGGGCGAUGAGGCCAUCGAGAUAUUCAGAGAAGACGAGGGUUUUAUCAAGGAGGAGGAGCGUCCUCUUCCUGACAAUGAGUUUCAGAGACAGGUGUGGCUGUUGUUUGAGUACCCAGAGAGCUCAGGUCCUGCUAGGAUUAUUGCCAUAAUCUCUGUCAUGGUCAUCCUGAUAUCUAUAGUCAGUUUCUGCUUGGAGACCCUCCCCAUUUUCCGCAAUGAUGAGGAUGAUAUGCACAAGUCUCAUGCAGCAGUCUUUUCACCUGAGACCAACACCACAAUCAUCAGUUACACAUCCACCUACUUCACCGACCCCUUCUUUAUCCUGGAGACUCUUUGCAUUAUAUGGUUCUCCUUUGAGUUUCUAGUGCGAUUCUUUGCCUGCCCCAGCAAAGCAGGAUUUUUUGGUAAUAUAAUGAACAUUAUUGAUAUUGUUGCUAUCAUCCCUUACUUCAUCACUCUUGGCACAGAGCUAGCUGAAAGGCCAGAGGAAGGUCAAGCAGGUCAGCAAGCCAUGUCUUUAGCCAUUCUCAGGGUUAUCCGAUUAGUACGUGUCUUCAGAAUUUUCAAGCUGUCUCGUCACUCCAAGGGGCUUCAGAUCCUGGGCCAGACCCUGAAAGCCAGUAUGAGAGAGCUCGGCCUCCUCAUUUUUUUCCUGUUCAUAGGGGUCAUCCUUUUCUCCAGUGCCGUCUACUUUGCUGAAGCAGAUGAGCCAGAGUCACAGUUCGAGAGCAUCCCAGAUGCCUUUUGGUGGGCUGUGGUGUCCAUGACGACAGUAGGCUAUGGUGACAUGGUCCCAACUACGAUUGGUGGCAAGAUUGUGGGUUCCCUCUGUGCCAUUGCAGGUGUGCUGACCAUUGCCUUGCCCGUGCCUGUCAUUGUGUCCAACUUCAACUACUUCUAUCACCGUGAGACUGAAGGUGAAGAGCAAGCCCAAUACCUACAGGUGAAUGUGGCCAAAACCGAUUCAGCCGAGGAGCUAAAGAAGAGCCGGAGUGGCUCCACCAUCAGUAAAUCAGACUAUAUGGAGAUCCAGGAGGCUGUGAACAACAGCAACGAGGACUUUCAGGAGGAGAACCUUAAGACAGCCAACUGCACGCUGGCCAACACAAACUAUGUAAACAUCACCAAAAUGCUCACAGAUGUGUAG